AUGUCAUCAUUAAAAGAAGAACAAGAAGAAGAGUUCAGUUUAUCAUCAAUACCGUUACCCAAAUUUCGAUUAGAUAAUGAAAACGAAAUUCCUAAUAAAUCAAAAGAUUUAUUGCUAAAUUCGAACCAUAGAAUGGAUGAUGAAGACGAACAAAUCUUUUUAACUGGUACAACAGCCAUGCCCUACAAUUAUCGUCCAAAUCGUGUUCGUCGUUCAGCUUGUUCUGAUUUACAAAGUACGACAAUUCCUGAGAAUCGAGUUUAUAAUGAUCAAUAUGACAACAAUCGUCGACGAUUGAGCCUCUUUACAUCACCCUCUGUUCAUUCAUCGCCACCUAUUCACACAUCUUCGUCGUCAUUGACAAUUGAUGACAAUGAUAAUAACAAUGAUUAUGUUAAUUCAUGCCGGAAACGUUGUCAAUCAUUCUAUGGUAGAACAAAAUCACCAAAUGAAAAUCUCGUACGUCAAUCAUCUUUACCUUAUACGAUUACAACAUCGACAACUAGAGAUUUAGAACCACAAAUUACUCAUAAUAACACCGGUGAAAUAAUUGACUCUUAUUCACAUUUAAUGCCACAAAAUUUUUCCCGAAGACAUUCACAUUGUAUAACAGCAAUCACCUAUAACAAUGAAAAUGUCACUGACGAUCCUUACAUUAGUAGUACAAGUUUAGUUGUCAAGCCUAUCAUUGAUAACGACGAUUAUUCUCGUUCAUCAUCAUGUUUUGAUGUGAACAAAGAACAAACAAGGCGAACUUUUUUAUUUCAACCAAAAUCAAAGAAAAAAUCGUGUUCUGACACAAAUAUUUUACAUCAAACACGUCAUUCAUUACCAUGCGAAAAUUCAAAUACAUCAUUAGCAAUUAAAAAUUUUCUGAAACGUCAUCAUUUAUCAUCAUCUAAAACACCGACAACUUCUUCUAGUUCACUAGUUUCAUCAACAAAUUCUCUUUCAUCCUCAUCUUCACCAAUAAAUUCAACAUUCCAAAACUUUAAACAUCUUUUAACUUUAGUUAAACUACCAAAACCACAGCGAUCAUCUGUUUCUUCUUCAACAUCGUCAACAGCCUCAGCGACACCCACUUAUUCUAGUUCACAAACAUUAACAAGUGGUGGUGGACAAACGACAACAUCAUUAUCUCACAUCACGACACAAGACGUUGAAAAUGAGUCAACAAUAUCGAAAAAUGCACAAAAAAAGAGUACGACAAAAUUAAAAAUGUGCGAUUGUGAAUGGCAUUAUCAACAUGAUAAAGGAAAUUGGUGUUCAAUAAAUGGUAGUGUAAUAACAUUAGGACCAAUUGAAUUACAUAAUUUAACAUAUAUUGAACAUAAAUUAUUAAAACGAAUUAUACAACAACGUUUACAAAAUUUAGACAUGGGGCUAACCAUACAUAUACCCAAAGGUAAAACAAGAAUGAGAGAGAAAAUGUGA